AUGGCUUAUCGUUUGACAAAAUUCAAUGUACCCCCAGAAUAUGAAGCUAUCGAUAAUGCUGUUGAAGGAAUUUGGUCUUUACAUCCGAUACUGGUAAUACACUGUGGCGUUUAUCGUCGUUGUUCCUGUGUACAUUUGGAUAAAUUGGCAUACAAUAAUCAUUUUCGUAAAAAAGAUUUUGCUGGAAAAUAUUUACCCGAUGCAAGGGCAAAUCUACAAAAUAACCCAACGAAGAAGACAGCAUUAUUUUGUAAAUUAAAUGUACACAGAAUUGUACAAGUUGUAUCGGAAAAGAGAAUGAAAUUAGCAAAAGUGUCGAAAGAUAUUGGCAAUUAUUUGUGUGGUUAUAUUUAUUUGAAAUCUUUGGAUUAUGAUCGUUCUCGUACGCUGUUUGUUCAUGUACCACCGGUUGGUAAACCAUUUCCAGUUGAGAAGCUGAGUGAUGUGGUACUGAAGAUAAUUGAAGAGUGUUUACGUCAAGUUGUUGAUGGUGUGGAAAAGGAAGAUAAAGGAUUUUAA